UUGGGGGGCAUGCGCAGUAGGAGGGGGCGCACCUGCCUCGCACCCAUCUCCCCCACCCCGAGGCCUCUCCAGCACGAGUCGCCUUCGACGCUCGCGUUAAGAAGAGAAAGGCCCCGAGAGGGGAAUCACCCACCUGGCUCAACCGCAGCUUCAAAUUCUGCAGUCCUCCCCGCUACGGCUCCUCAGUGCUCCGGCUCCCGCAACGCACCUGUAGCAACCCGAGCGGCCGCACCUACGGCGCCGGCAGCCCCGCCCCGGCCUGGCUCCCGGCCGCGCCCCCCGUCCCGCCCAUCGCCCGAGGGCGCGAGCACGCACAGGCCUCCCUGGUACUGCCGACGCUCCCCGGCGCGGGAGCGCGCACGCCCGUGGCUGCGUCCGCGCCUACGUCUCCCGGGGGGGGGGGGCCUGAAAGCUGCGGGUGCCCCGUCGGCCUUGGGACAGACGCCUCCUGCUUCUGGCUUCUCCCUGGUUUUUUUACUCGUCACCUCCCCCUACUAAGGCAGAUUAACAAUUGUCCUGUCGUUUAUAAUUAAGAGAUUUUCCUGGAGGUGACUUAGAUCCAGGCUUCUUGUCCCCUGGGUUGUUACAGCUUCUGGUUAAGGGGGAUGGAGGUGCGGGGGAUGUUCUGAAGCACAAUCAGUGCGUGAGUCACAGGGUCCACACACACUUCCUCGUGGGCCGAGGCAAAUGGCGCCCAUACAUGAGGCCUGGAAGAUUUUGGAGAAAGGAGUAGCCAUUGCUAGAUCGAACCUCUCAAUAAGAAGACUGCGCAGUCCCGGAGAAUUUGGAGAAUAUAGAGAAUAAGGUCGCCACGGGUCCACCUGCCCCGAGGAACAGAGACCUGGGUGUGGUAAGAGGUUUCAAUACCAAGAGAGAGAAGAAAUUAGUGUAUAUGAUAGAUUUGUUGAGGAUUUCAAGGAUUUAUUAAGGACGCGUAGAAUAAAGGUUAAGAAAAAAUGAGUUUGUAAAAUUUUUAAGUUUUUAGAAGAUGUCUGCCCAUGGUUCCCGCAGGAAGGAACCAUUGAUGAGAAAAGGUGAAAAAGAGUUGGAGAUUGCUUUAAUGAUUUUUAUGUUAACAAAGUAAUUCAGGACAAUGCCUCUUUCUUAAAAGGUGCCCUUAAGUACACCAAUUCUAGGCUCAAAUUAGGCUCCCAAAACAAUGAAAAGGAUUCUGUAUGACCCUCCUCCCAAAGCUUCAAUGGCUUUUCUUCAGCUUCCCCAAGUGAGAGCCUUUAGUUCCGCUGACUUGAAGGAAGCGGUUCUUCAGCUUCAAUCAGGCCUAUAGUGGACAAUGAUAUUGAUUGGGCAUUUGGGAGAGUAAGUCUGUCUUGAGUGCCUUUUGGGGUACCCAUCUGGUUCUGGUUCUGGUUAUUCUGGUUCUGUUCUGGAUAAAGUUCUGAAACGGGUAUUUUCUGGGACGCUGGAAAAUAUCCUUUGGGUAUGUGUUAUAUGUUUAAUGUUGUAACUGUGUUCUAUGUUCUGUGUGAUUUGUCUGCUUUGUUUGAAAAAUUUUUAAGUACACCGUUGCAACUGUGCUUAGUAAAAUGGAGUUCCAUGUGUGUCUGUGUGUGUCUGUGUUAAAAGUUAGCAAGUUUGUAAAAGAUAAGAAUUCAGCCUCUGUGUUGCAGGCUUAGAAAAUAUCAAGAAGUUUGAAAAAUCUCUCUAGUGUGUUUCUCUGGCUGACUACAGUAGUCUGAGAAAAAGGGAGAGAAGGGAAGAAUUUAAAAAAUAAAGAAAUAAAUGAAAUAAAUAAAAUAAAUAAAUGAAAUAAACAAAAUAAAUAAAAUAAAAAAGGGGGAUUUGAAAGUUUGGAAAGUUAAAAAAAACUUAGAAGAGCAGUGUGCUAACAUUUAAAGAAAAGAAGUUUAAAUGGAAUAUCUAGGCCUUCUCUGAAGGCACAAAAUGGGCUUGGAAGUUCAUAGAAGACUCUUUGGA